GGUCCCGCAGGAUGGCGCGGGCCGUGCUGGCCCUGGGGGACAGUUUGCAGGCCGAGACCACCUGCCCGGUCUGCCUGGAGCUUUUCUCCGAGCCCCUCCUCACCGAGUGCGGCCACAAUUUCUGCCGCUCCUGCCUGCGGGCGCUGCUGGGGGCCCCGCCGCGCCCCGCCGCCUGCCCGCAGUGCCGCGCCCGCAUCAGCCCCGCCGCGCUGCGGCCCAACCGCUCCCUGGGGGCCGUGGCGGGGCUGGCGGGGGCUCUGGAGGAGGAGACCCGGCGGUGCCGCUGCCCGCUGCACGGCGAGGUCCUGGGGCUCUUCUGCGAGAGCUGCCGCCUGCUCCUCUGCCCGCUGUGCCGGGAGCUGCCCCCGCACCGCCAGCACCGCGCCCGCCCCGCCGAGGAGGCGGCCCGAGAGCUGCGGGAGACACUCCAGAGCAACCUGGCUUUUCUACAGAAAGAGAAAGAAGACUUGAAGCCCAGAGGAGAAGAGGAAAGCAGAGCCUUGCUGGAGCAGGUGGACUCGGAGCGGCAGGGUCUGUUGGAAACCUUCCAGCAGCUCCAGGAGUUCCUGCAGGAGCAGAAGGUGGUUCUGCUGGCCCAGCUUGACCGAGCACACCAGGAUCUCCUCACGGAGCACCAGGAACACGCCACCCGUGUUGCAGAGAAGCAGUCACUGCUGGACACGCUGGUUGUGGAGAUAGAGAAGAAACGUGAGCAGCCGGUGGUGGAAUUCCUCAAGGAUAUUGGCAAAACCCUGAGCAGCUGUGAGGCCGCCAAGGCCCCCAUCCCGGAGCCGGUUUCCCCGGAGCUGCGGAGGACCUUGAGGAACCUCUUGGAGACCAGCCAGCUGGUCGUGGCUGCAGUGGCCAAAUUCAAAGUGAACCUGCUGAGCGAGAUCGACAGAGAGAGGGUGAAGGUGAGGCUGGACCCAGAGACAGCAAGUCCAGACCUGAUCCUCUCCAAGGACCACAGAACCCUGCGGCUGGGGGACGGGCAGGAGAACCUCCCCGACACCCCCAAGAGGUUCACGGGCAGCCCCAGUGUCCUGGGCUCCCAGGGGUUCCAGGCUGGGAGGCAUUACUGGGAGCUUGAAGUAGGGGAUGGGAACAGCUGGGCGGUGGGGGUGGCCGUGGAGUCCGUGCAGAGGAAGGACUCCCUGGCCAUGGCCCUGGGGAGGGUCUGGGCCCUGCGGCUGGACUGGGACGGGCAGUACACGGCCCUCCACAUGCCCCCUGCCCCCCUGGCACUGAAGGAGAAGCCCCGGAAGAUCAGGGUCCACCUGGACUACGAAGCAGGCCAGGUGACCUUCUACAAUGUGGAGAACAUGGCGCAGAUCUUGCAGUUCCAGGCUUCCUUCUCCGAGAAGGUCUUCCCAUACUUUUGGCUCUGGUCACAAGACACCUACAUCCAGCUGUGUGCCUGAUGGGGUGUCUCCCCGCUUCCCUGCACCGUGCCUUCGGCCAGCUGGGGAGGCCAGAGGCACGGGGGUGGCAUUGCAAGCUCACUGCAGCUCUGGGUCCCCUCUGCUUGUUGCUGCAUCUCCUCCUGCCAAGGCCUUUGCAGCAUUAAAAAAGGUGUUGUCCUGCC